GCACCCACCUUGUCUAGCAGCGGCUCAGUGCGCCAGGCACGAGCUCAGCCGAGGAGCUCACCGGGGAGUGGGUACGACGGACAGAGGGCACGAGGCUGGGCUGCAGCGGUGGACUUUUCUUAUCUAAGGGGAUACUGGACUAAGAGCACUGAGCUCAUAGGGUUCGCAUUGACGGCCGUGGAGUAACAAGCCCGUUCAGAUCUGAGAGAGUUCCGUAGCCAGCUGUGAGGAGGAGCGGUGAAAGAUGCAACUCCUCUCCGGCACGGAGCGCUGCGCCGUCCGCCUCCUCCGCUGGUGAUGCCUGCCGCGCGGGAUCACCGCCCAGCAGCAGCAGCAGCAGCAGCAGCAGCAGCAGGAACACGAGGAGGAGGAGGAGGAGGCGCAGAGGGAGGAGGUCAGGAUUACAGGGCAUCGGGGGGCCGGUGAUGAUGACGGUAAGGUCGGGAUCAUGGCUAACGGAACCGGUACUAUCAUGUUAAAAUGCGUCGUGGUGGGAGACGGAGCGGUGGGAAAAACGUGUCUACUGAUGAGCUACGCGAACGACGCGUUUCCGGAGGAGUACGUCCCUACAGUCUUCGACCAUUAUGCAGGUAUGAGCAACAAUGUUCUUCUGAGUGUGCAUUCAUUAAAUUACACUAUUCACUAUUUCUGUGUGUGUGUGUGUGUGUGUGUGUGUGUGUGUGUGUGUGUGUGUGUGUGUGUGUGAUCAUAAAAAUGUCUCAGAUUCAAUUAAGAGUCAACUCCCUGCUCCCCACCGCUCCCCUCCUCUCCUUGCAUUGGCUGCAUCUGUUGCUAUAAUCAAAACCACUUGUUUGCCUUCUUCAUAGCAGAGAGGGGUUGGGGACCCCCCCACCCACCCCCUUCCUCCUUAUCCCCCUCCCACCUUCCUCCUCCUCUUCCUCCUCUCACUGCUCUUUGUCAUCUCGUUGCAGUGAGUGUCAGUGUCGGGGGGAAGCAGUACUUGCUGGGACUGUACGACACAGCUGGUCAGGUACAGUUUAUUUUUUCCUCAGGCUGGGAGCCAAGCAUGUCAAGGACUCUCUCUCUCUCUCUCUCACACACACAUACACACACAUGCACACAUGCCCUGUAUGUCUGCAUCACUCACCCAUGUGCUGCAGAGGCUGAUAACUGUCCUCCAGCCGCCCACAGGCUUCAUUUUCAGGCCAGACUCUAAGCUGCAACAGGUGACGGCUCUCUGUUUACUGCAGUGUGUGUUUAUGUGUGUGUGUGUGUGUGUGUGUGUGUGUGGACAGUGGUGGUGGUAUGUGUGUGUUGUAGGAGUCAAUAGUUGUAUUAUGUGGAGAACAGGCCUCCUAUGUGCAGCAGUGAUGUCACAGGUUGGUUUUAUAGGGCUGCCAAUGCUGCACUUUUUCUUCCUACAAUGUGCCAUUCAGCUGGCAGUAGUAAAAACUGUACCCACCCGCCACCCCAAUACACACAUAAAACACUGUCUCAUUGUGAACAUCAUCUGAAAAAACUAUCUACAAAACUACUUAUGGACUCAAGUCUCAAGUAAAUUGCCAAAUGCACAAAAUAAAUUCAUGUUGAAGAGACUUGAUCGAUAAGUACAUAUUGAAUCCAAAUGUUGGUUACUGAUCUCAUGAACUAAAUGGAUAAUUAGUUUAGUCUUGAGACCCUGAGGUGGUAUGUGGUGGUCAACUUGCCGUCUUUUAGGGUCUAAAGUUUGCAUAUUUUGAAGAUUGGUCAGGUAUUUACAGGUUGUAAAUAAAAUAUCAAACUCAGUAUAGUUUCGAUCAAUAGUAAACUGAGAAAAACAGAACCAAAACUGUUUCUUUCUCUCUCUUUUUGCUGUGAAGUUGGACACUUUAACAUGAGAUAGGCUGGAGACUGGUUCACUUUAGGAUUCAGCCUCAAGUGGACAUUUGAGGAACUGCAGUUUUUAGCGCUUAAGUUUUGGCCUUCUUUAUUAGCCUCUUGAGGUUUGCUGCUUGUAUUUACCAAACAAUAUAGACUCUAAUGUGCCUGUUUGAUGCUUAGGCUACUUUAAGUGGGAGGAGUUUUCAUGUUAGACCAAAACCCGCAAUCACAAUCGUUUUCCAGAUGAGUGCUUGAGCGUUGUUUGAGAACUAUAGACACUUAUGCGCCACACUUGUAAUUGGAAACACACACCACAUGUUAAGGUAUUAGUGUUGUUUGACAUAAGAAUCUUUGCAAUAGACAUUUAGUAUGUUUAAAUGCACUAGCAAUACUCCAACUUAAAAUGGAUUUAUCGCAUCAUGUAAACGCAUCAGUUCGACUGAAAUCGAACUAAUCCAGAUAUGUUAGUCGGACUAACAUAACUGGAUAACGCCAUUGGAGACAAAUUUUCUCUUGCAAGAAUUGAACUCAGACUGGCCCAAGUCUUCUGUGCACAUCAGGCCCCGAGCCGGUCUUUAAAUAGCAGGGAUGCGUUGCUAGAAAGCUGGGAUAGUAAACAAAACCUUGACAAAUGAAGAAAAGAUGGAAAAAAUACAUAACUUCUCCAACAAACAGCACCAAGCUGUAAAAGUAAUAUCCCUGUAGCCUCUUGCUAAUGAGUUUUGCUGGCUGUUUUGAUAUACAACUUGUCAACUGGGAGACGACCUGGUAGAAAUGAGCUGAAAGGGGGAUUCGCCACGUAUCAUAGCAGAGGCGGACAUGUUUCUGUCAGUAAGUCAGUCUUUGCCAAGUGCAUAUAAACUGGGACAAGAACAGCAGUCCAGUCAAAUCGCCUAAUCGAGCUAUGAGCGUAGCUCGACUUAACUGCAUGUAAACAUAGUGAGUGUCAAAUGUGGAAUUUCCUCCACAACGGCUGCUGGCAUGGACAAAAAGGUCAGAAGGGUCUGUCAUCAGUUAUUCCUUUUAAGUUAACUGCAUUAUGUUUAAGCUGACAGAUUGUUUUCCUGCAGACAAGAGUCACAUGACUGGGUCUUAAUUGCUGUGAAAACUUAAGAUUUCAAACUGAAACAGCCUUUCAGGACAAGGACUCUGAUGAAGACACUAAAAAAGGUCAGUCGGUAUAAUAAGGACCCUAUAUGUAAAUGUGGUCAAAGUUUAGCUUUAAUUUUAAACAAAUUCAUAAGAAAUUAGUGCAGACACGAUUUUGCUUAUUGAAUUGUUUCCAGGGAUGUGACAAUGAAAAGAAACUCUGAGUCUAAAUACAGCCUUUGUUUUCACACUAAACUACACAGCGCCCCUUUAGAUUUGACUGACUGUUUUACUGCACAGUACAGACGUGACAACAGCCGUACACUCAUUCUCUGCACCAACACCUUUAACCCCACGUCUUCGCCGAAACCUGAUCCUGCGCACAUGUCAGAUGCAGAAUGGUUAACACUUUCCUCUGGGACAGAUUUAACUGUGUGAAGUCACAAUCUGAAAUCUGAUCCCUCCAUCGGUGACACGAAAACCCGGCACUGAAAUGUUAACGUGGGAAUAUUCAGCUGUUACUCUGCUCUGUUCAUUCAUGAAUGCCAAAUGCUGAGGUCCAUAAAUAAGGAAUCACAGGCAGCCACCCAAACAGCUACCUGUGGCUGCGAUACAUCUUCUGUGGAAAACAGAUGGUGGAAGUGUUACUACAUGUAGUGAAAAGAGGAACACAAGCUUAUUGUCUAUUCUGGCAUGGUUGAUACACUCUGUGUGUGUAUGUGUAUGUGCGUGUGUGUGUGUUUAGCUGAUUCAGAGCGUCUCUGAAAUGGAGAAGUUCUCCCAGAUGUCUGCCAUGGGUGCAGAGUAGAGUUACUGCUCUUCAAAACGAAGCCCCCCACCCUCCUUUACCCACUACCCCCUCCUCUGCUGACCUCUUUCUUUGGAGCAUGAGGCCAGCUGGAAAUAUUUAGGACGUCAGGAUCUGAUCAAAGACUCGCACCCUGAAGAUACAGAGAGAAGGAGAAGGAGAGAGAGUUAAAGGAAGACAGAAAGAGGAAGAGAGAGAGACAGAUUUGGGGGGAGGAUAAAAACAGUCUUCUGUUUCUGUUUCUCUUUUAGGCUUUAGUCUUUAAUUUAAAACCACAUGAAACUCACCUCUGGCCUACACUGUACAGGUUUACAUGUUGGGGAAAAAAGCAUUUAAGGUCCAUAUGGAGAUGAUGUAUCAAAAAGUAUUUUCAAAAAAUUGCUCUUUUAUUAUGUAUAAUAUCUAGGUGUAACUACAAAUACACAAUUUUUGUACCAAAAAGAGAAAACAAAGUGUCUCAGACGUUUAAAAGUUUUGGGUGAAAUUGAUGUCAUUAAACUUUUGGUUGUCCCAUCCCCAAUCAUUCAUAAUUAUCUGAAGAAAUACACCCAUGAAUCGGAUUAAGUAGAGAAUGGUCAAUAUUUACCCUAUUAAAACACUUCUGCAAAUAAUCUGCAAAGUUGUCUGUAGCUGAUGUUUCUCGGUUGUGAAUCAUUGAUUGAAUUCUGGCAAGUUAGUAGUCCUAACUGCUGAUUCACAGAAAAGGAUUUCGUUUGCCUGUGGGACAAACUUUCAUUUGUUUUCACGUUGAAGCGCGAAAAAAGUGUCGGAGUAUUACACCAUCUCAGAGAAAGCAAAUUGCAGGACAUUACCAUUAUAGGGUUAAAAGUGCUAUAGGUGCUAUAGGUGCUACUACUGUUGGAUGAAUCAACAUUGGUGUGCUGUUUUGAUUGAGUGGCCACCUCUACAUCACAAGGCUGAAUUCAAAGAUGAUCGUACCCCCUACUGCAGCGCUCCUAUCUGCGAUGGCUUAAGUUUAUUCAUACAGGAGGUUGCAAUGUUGUAAAUGCUGGAAUUCAUCCAAAAAUUUUGAAAUCUUAUUUCCUUCUAAAUCAACAACUUUGGCCUAUCACUGUUUAAAUUUUUUUUGCAAUUUUGCAAAUACAUCAUGUACUUCUUCAGUCUUCUUUGGUAUGUAAAAUACUGAUUACAAGUCAGUGUUUAUGUUGAAUUAACCUUAGAAAGUUGGCGGUGUCUUUAAUAUCUGCGAAAUUUGGUAUGCUAGAGACCCAGUUUUUCCUUUUUUUUACAGUGGUUACAGUGUGAUCUGCUCUCUUUGAUUGGCGACAGAGCUCAGUCAAAAUGAGUGUUUUUAAGGACUCAGCAGUGAUUUGAUAUCUAUCUGUUACUUAAUCUGUGUUCCAGUUACCUCGGGAGUCAUGUGUCGGAGCUGGCAAUGACGUUACACCCCAGUUGAAGGCAUUCCGGUUAACAAGUCAGAAAACCAAGAUGGACGCCUUCAGUUACCCGUUGUCAGUUGUCGUUAGCUGUUGUCAGCUGUUGUUAGCUGUUGUCAGCAGUCAUUAGUUGUUGUUAGCUUUAUCAGUUGUAAACAACGCAUAGAACAGUAUUUUACUCUUACAAACACCAUAGCACUGUGUUCACAGUUAGACGUUGGGCAGUACAACAUAUACCACUUAUUUAAUUUCAAACAAAAGAAAGUGCUAAUAAAUAAUACAUUACAAGAGCUUUCACUGUUACUCUUUACUGUCAAUGCACUGCGCUGCCAUCUUGGAUUAUGAUGUUGUUAUCGGGUUGGGGUUGGUGAGGAUCGUCUGACUUUCUGAGUUGGAAAUCCAAAUUCAGGGGGGGUGUUUCAGAUGAAUUUCUGACUCAGAGCUUGGAAAUUCUGACUUUCGAGUACAACUGGAAUGCAGCAUUCGUUUCCGCUUCUUGAAGUUCAUCCCUGUUUUCCUGUUUGAAACUACUUAACUCUAUCUGUGCCUUGUGUUGAGCGUAUUGACCAAUCAGAAGCUGUUAGUAUCUUUCCACCAACCAGGGGCUUUGUUACAAAAGCGAAGUGCUUACAGGUAAUUGAGUAAUCUUCCUACCUCUUACUUACGGUAUCUUGCUGCUGUAGCACCUUAAAUUUUUGAAAAAAUUAAUAAAUAUGUGUUAAAUUCUUUUUCAUGCACAUUGGCUCUACUUCCAUGACUAUGUAGCUUUUACUUUAGCUGAGUUAAUUCAAUCAUAAACACAUUUAAUUUCCAACUAAUCCUUCAUAGGAAAAGUACCCAGUUAACAUGUUGAUGAAAUACUUCUAUUAUGGAACAGCUGUGUCAAGAAAUGGGGUUUUUCAGUUGCAGUAACUUAACGGAACUCCCCAAACAGUAAAAUAAGGCAGAUAUCUAAAAAUACAAAGAGGGAUGCAGAAGAGAAACAAAACUUCAAACCACACAGAUCCAGUUCGAAGCUGCAGCGUGUGGUGAUCUCACGUCUCAUGGUCUGGUCUUAUGCUCAGACAUGGGCUGAUUGUGGCAAUAAUGCAUCUGUUUUGAUAUGACGGUAAACAGCGAAACAUGUUCUGUGACUUGAAUUUAGAUCAUGAUGCUCGUCAUGGAUAGUGUUGUAUGUUGCUGUGUAGCUCUAGCUCAUUCAGUUUUGACAAGACUUAAUGGGUGUCUUGACACAACAACAAACCAGAAGAGGUGCCAGGAAAAAAAUAGCUCACUUAGGCAAUCGAUGAUUUUAUAAGGGUCAUAUUUUUUCUUAUUUGCUGUUGAAUGUCUUAUUUACUUAAAAAAAAGACAAUGAACCCGUCAGUUAGAUCAAACUUUUGAGGCCAGAAGAAUAACAGAUUUUUCCUGGAGGAGCAGUGGUGUGUCUUUGGAAGCAUAACUAAAAGGAAACCAUGAGGAACAGUUUAUUUCUUUGAUUUACAGUUUUAUUCUCUGAGAGGUAUCAAAAUAUGUCUUUGUAUUUGUACUGCUGACAAAAUUCAAGAGAGGGAUGAACAAUUAGAGACAGUCUAAAGAGUGUUUUUGUUGUCAGAGACACAAUAAGAGCUUGACAUUGAGCUGCAGUGCAGUGCCUGUUGUUUUUGUGUCCCUCUGACUGCUAUUUCCUGCACACUUCCAUGCUGCUCUCCCCUGCUGUUUGUUGAAUUAUUCCAUAUGAAGGUCUGAGGAGAAUUUUUUAAUGUCUUGUUGUGAGGAAGAAACCGGGGGAAGAGUCUUUACUUAUUCAUUUGUUCUCCUGCUGUUACUGCUUUAGUAUCGCAGCCCGAAUAUAAGCAGGAGGAAACAGGAAGUGGAUGUUAAGUGCUGUUGUAACCAUGGAAACACUUCAGUACUUCAGUAGAGGGGAACACAGUAGUUGUGACUAUGUGGGACGGACGUGCACGUUUCCCCCCUCACUGUCGUUCCCUCAUCUCAACUUCUCAGCUGAUGUGACACUCAGCUGCAUUUGCUGUUAAAAAACACUUCUCACCUGUUACCCCCCCUCACACAGUCUGAUGAGUCUUUUUAGAGCCAGCAGCCAAAAGUGGCCAGCUGACCCUUCGGACAAGGGAGGAAGGCAGGUGAGAAAGGAGGGGGGGGGGGGGUUCCUGUCACUGCUCAGCUGCUCCAACACAGAGGGACAGGAACUCUGCAGACACACUUCAGCUCACGCUUUGAGCUUUUAGCACUCAAGUCAGCUUGAGUAUCAAAAAAAUGUGUUAUUUAAAGGGGAACUUAAGUACUUUUCAUCCUUGGCCCUAUUUUCACAUGUGUUUGUGUGUGCUUGACUGAUAGGGAGAACAAUUUCUGAAAUUGGUCCAGUAUUGAGGGAGAGUGGAGCAGCAGGCAGCUGCUAAACGAACUAAACCAUAGUUUGAACAGGAAAUUGUGUAUCAUUAAACUGUUUCCACGACAAGUGCUGUAUUUCAGCCCCCACUGGCUCAGAUUAUUAUAACAGGUCCUCUGACAUGGUCACACAGCAUUGUGUGUCCAAUGCUAGGCAUCAACAGAUCCCACUCAUCACAACACAGACAGUCUCCCUCUGUGGGCAUAGGAUCACAGCACUCAAGGACACAUCAUCAGUCUCCCAAACUUUGUGGCCUUACACGCCCUCCUCUGCCUGUGGGCCGUCUUUCUCUUUAAUCAACUUGUAGGAGCUCUUUAUUGGUAUACUCUGGCUCAAAUAAAUACUGUGUGCCAUUGUGUUCAAAGACUUCAUCCUCACUUUUAAAAAUCAAUCACAAUUUCAUCCAUAAUGCAAGAAUUGCUUCUUCAGACCUCUGGAUAGUGAGUUUCUGUCUAGUGAGGUCAGCAGAAGCCACGAUCAGCUGAUUGUCUGAAAAUUCAUCCCAAAAAAUCCAAGAAACAAUCAUCAGCCUUCCUAUGAUUUACUUCAAAUGGACUAAUGGACAUUCAGAAUUGAAUUGAACACAUUUUAAUAGUGUUGUCACUCAAUUAAAUAAUGUCAUUUAAUACAUGAAAGGCUCUGUAAUUACUUAGAGAAAAACUGAUUCCAUCUGUGGACAACUUUGGUGAAGAGUGCAGGUAAUCUUACUCAGUCUGCAUUUACCCAUUUGAAGGUGGUAACGAUAGACUGUAUAUAGAAUGGUUGCUUCAAAUCCAUAUACUGGCGAAUGGCAGAACCAAGUUGUCCAAAGUAUAUUCAGUCUAUUGUGGUAACACGGUAAUUUCUCUUUAUAUUACUCUAUCCUUUACGCUAUUCAACUGUUCAUUCACAGGCUACUUUAGUAUCUUAGUCAACAUUUUGACAGUAAUUUUCACAGCAGGUGGAGGAGGAUUGUCAUUAUUCAUGCUGUGUAUUCAAACCACACAAAAAGUGCCACAGAAGGACAUUAGCACAUUCAAAAAUAGUCAAGCACUUUUAAAGGAAAGGUCACACCUUGGUUUAUGCAGUUGUGAUAAACCAAAAGUGUAUGUGUCUAUGACUUCACAGAGCAUGUGUUUGCAGAGAUACUUCACAAAGCCAAACUGACAUUGAUAAAAUGCACCGUCAAACUCAUGUAGCAGUCAACACUGAGAAACAGCCCUUAAUUCCUCAUACGCCAUCAGCUCACUGAAGCCUUCCCUGUCCACAAAAAUGAAUAGGCAUGUCUUCAGUCACAAUUUUAAUUGUAAGCAGGAUAAUAAAUGCUUUUAGGAUACUAUAGUCUCCUGAGUAUAAUGGAUAUGAAAAGUGUGCAAAGUGAGAGUAGAGCACUUCAAAUAACACAUAUGGUUUAUCUUCCCCUAUACUUGGUUUAUCAUCGCUUUUGUUCUUGUGCUUGGGAGGAAAAAAAAAACAACUUCUGUCAGCCUUUUCCUUUGAGUAUGAGUACUAAACAGAGCCCAUUAAAAUGACGAUGAUAAAAGGCCUUCAUUCAUAUAGUACCAUACACAGUUUAUGUGCCACUGCCAUUACCAGCCAUUACAGGCUUCAUUAAACUGUCUGAUUUUCGAAUGGAGUCUGGCAGGAUGUCCUCACUCUGUAUGCCUGAAAAGACAGAGUGCAUCAGGCUUUGAUUAACGGUCAUUAAUCACUGUUAAAGGACCAGGAGAGUAAAAAGCCCCUUUAUUCCUGAGGUCAAAUCCAGGUCCAUGAAAAGUGCAGACUCAGAUCAGAGGCCGACCUCUGUGAGGAUGUCGGGGCUUGUUUUCCAGCCUGGUGGCCAUGUUGCAGCGAGCGUCUGUGACUCUGUUGACACAGCCGGUUUAUCGAGCCCCAAGGAGGCGAGAAGAAGAUGACUCAAAGGGAGAGAGUGAGAGGGGGAGGAGAGGGAGUGACUCACUGAUAUCAUUGCACUCAUAUGUCACAGAGUCAACACAGCCACAGACACUCAGCAGAGCUCAUCCAGGAGGCUGGGUGGAGACGCAGAGUCUGGCCUUGAUGGAAACCUAUGGACAUGUAUGAACAGUAGAUGAACUGCUCUGCUGUCCUCUGAUCAUAUUUACUGCACACAGUUCACUGUACUGUCAUGAGCUGAGCGGGUGAGCGAACAAACCAAACCAGUGCAACAUGAAGGAAACUACACCCUGAAUCAGAUCUGAGGUUGGGGUGAGAGAAAAAAAUCGAUACAGUGUAGUAUUGCGACAUUUCGUCUGGUGAUAUAUCGUAUCUCUCAUUUACCAAGUAUCGAUUCUUCAAAUUAAUUGCUAAUAUGAGGUCAAAUCUAUGAUAAUGGAAAAAUAAAAUCAACUGUUUGUCCAGUGAGGUUGGCAUAGGUGACAUCAUAGAGCAGGAGAAAGUUAGUAGAACAAAUGUAAUGUACAUAAAGUUUGCAAGAUGUACAACAUGAAAAUCAAAUACUGUGUAAAUAAGACAAACAAAGGAAAGAAAAUUACUAAAUUAGCUAAACAGCUGAAAAAAUUGUAUAAACUGCAAUAUAUUGUAUCGCAAUACUCACUGCAUUGCAAAAUGUAAUAUCGCACUAUGGCCCAGGUAUCGCAAUAAAAUCGUAUUAUGGCCCAGGUAUCGCAAUAAAAUCGUAUUAUGGCCCAGGUAUCGUGAUAAUAUCGUACUAUGGCCUCAUAAUAUUUUCAUUUAAAGUCUUAAGUUUGUUGAUUAAAAUGAUUUUUAACUAAAUAAUAAUAUCUUAUAUGAUUGUAUCUCAAGUAUCUCGAUAACAUAUACUGUAGUGUUUGUCUUGUCAUGAUGGUGUCUAAAUAUGUAUUCAAAUUAUACAGAUAAUUUUUUUAAGUGAUCGUAGUAGUAUUGAAUCAUAUUUUGAGUAUCUUAGAGUACUGUGUCAAAUUCAGUUUGAUAGUGUCUUAUUGUUUUAUACCUCAAGUACCAAGUUGAUAAUUAUUACAGAGUAUUACAGAAGUGUUAAUAUAUGCUGGGGUCUAUAAACUCUGUUUUGAUUUACUCUCCUUCCUGUAAGCAUUGUAUUAGUUUGUAUAUGACGAAGAGGGUGUUUUUGUGACAGUCACAGUAAUAAUGGUGUAUUUGUAAGAAACAACUUUUUGCUGCAGUCUCAUACAUAUUUUGUAUUUGUGCAGAAGUUUCACACUUACAAACCUGUAGGACAUGCAGCAUACCUCCACUGCAGAAUGGGUGUGAACAUUUCUGCACCAAGAGCAGAUCAGACUUGAAACUGAGUGCUCACUCUGUCUGUGUCUAUAUAUUUACACUGUGAAAGAGCAGCAGGCGUACUGUCUUCUUUGGUAAUGUUUUGGAAGUGUUCAGAGGAAAACAGAGCUGUGUCUCAGAGAAGCUCCGGGCAUGUUUACAGUAAACUGCUGACCGUCUAACACUGUGUGUCUUUAUGUCUGCUGCUCAGCAGGGAUGGCAGGAUUUACUUGUGCAAGCAAAGGUCACAAGCGCAGAGACACACAGACAUACAGUGUACUUGACCCUAUGUGACAGAAAUAGAGUGCUUGUAGAAGGAGAACACAUGAUAUAUGCGCUGCUAUCUCUUCUUUAGGAGAGCGUAAAUGUAGCAUCAGUGAGGAUAAUAAAAGUGUCUACUCACAUAUGCGCGUACUAACUGCAUUUUAUCAGCUGAAAGUCAUGAACUGCUAAAGUGAGAAAGUUCUUCUCUGGAGGGACAGCUAACAUCAAUCCUCCUUACCCUUUUGCUUAGACCAUCACAAACAUCAAACUUUGAUAGUAAAUUGGGUUUGGUGAGCAGAGACUCAGAUAGCUGCUGACUAAUGCCUACAUGUAAAAAAAAAGAAGAGGUGAAGAUGUUUUUUAAUAUUUGUUAAAAACUACAACAGGUCUAGAAAGCGUUCUCCUGAUUAAGUGUCUGGGUUUGCAUGGAGCACCAUAUGGUUUUCAUUCAAAACUGAUUUAUCCCAUCAGCAAAUUCAGAUCAUGUGAGGUAACCUGUCAUUCAUAGUUCAGUUAUAUAAAUAACUGUCAGCACACUCAGUCUUCCUAUGAAGAGUCCAAGUCUAAAAACAGAAACCAAGCAAUCUUUGAAAUUUGUUCUGUUUAAAACAGUGAAGUAACAUCCGUAAACCUCAGCAUUUCGCUCAUUUGACUCUGAGAUUUCUAUCAACUUUUCAUAGCUGAUUCAAAUUCAUUCUGAGCAAAGCAUUAGUUCAGGCAGGCCACAGAGUCACGCCCAGCCAACAGUACAUCAGCUAACACCAGCCUGUAUCGGCUGACAGCUCAGCCAGUUACCUUCAUCACAUUCAGUUGUCAAACGUAAAAAUAGGCACUCUGCCUGCACUUCCUGUCCUGCUUCCUCCAUAAGCCACUUAGCAACAGGCCUUCACCCCAGCUCCUCUUUUUAUGCUGUCAGAUUUUACCGGUGUCAUUCUGUUCCUGGGGGGGUCUUUGCUGCUGUUCUCCCCACCUUGGCUUUUCAUGCAUGCACUUGAAAUGAAGUGGGUGUGCUCUUCCCGCCAUAGGCUUUGGCAUUCUAUGUAUGCGAGUGGGACCAUACUGACUUAUUGCUUGCAAAUAAUGGAUUCUUCUUGAUGAAAGGAGUCCUGACUGAACUCCAGCUCAUUACACAACAGAAGAUGGUGCAGGGUGAUUUACUGCUGGAUGAUCUCCUGACUUUCAGCAAGUUUACAUUUCCUUCAUUAAAUUUGUGAGAGACAGACUUAAAGUAUGAUCUACUUGAGCUCAUACUCAUAUAUUUGUCACCCACUAAAGUCGCUAGUAAGAAUAAAUAUCAUGCAAGCUUCUGAAAGUGUCUCUGUUACUGCAGGACAUUAGAAGCAUGUGAUUUGUUUGAUUUCAGGGAUGUGGACAAUACGUGUCUUUGUCAAGUACUAUGAGUUACUCUGUUAGAGUCAUGUCUAAUCGCUGGAGAUCCAUUGACUGCCUGUGUCUUUGAGCUAGCAGCAGAAAACCGUCCCAUCAGGAGCCGAAGGGAGAUGGUUUAUGAAUAUUCAUGUGUGUGAGUUGGACACUCUGUCAAAAGGGUUUAUCUCUGCAGAGGACAAAGAGAGCCUGAUCUGACACACAGAGGACGCCCUAGCGUCUGAGAAUUAGCUGUUUAGGCGACACAAAUAUCUGAGUUGGCAGGGUGUCUGGGUUUCAGUAUCUUGUGGCAACGCCUUGUGCAAAUGUAAACGAAUAUGUAAUUGUAUGUGUCAGACAGAGAAGAAACCACUCUAAGUUGUGGAUCUUUUUCUCUACACUUUUUCUUUUCAUUUCUCAUUUCUUGUUAUGAAUAUUAUAAGUAUUCAACUCUGGAAAAAAAUGUCAGUGGUUUUCAACUUUAGCCCCAAUUUUCAACAUGUUGUGGAGUUAAAUGGCAUAGUCUUUCCUUCAAAUCACUGUAUAUACACUAAUAUAUCCAAAGUCAACAUGUGGUUAAAAAAAAAAAAAAGCAACUUGGUCAGAGACAAAACCAAGCAACUUAACGUGGACAGAAUUUAUAUGAAGCAUUUCCCCCGGGAAUGAAGCUGCAGCCAUCAGAGCCUGUUUCACUGCUGAGUGUUAAAGCAAUCUUGGGCAUCACCAAGGGUCCCAUAGUUUAGUUUCUUCAUUGUUGGUGUCAGACACACACACUAACCAACUCUGUUAUAAAGGUUGCAUAGACUUGACAAGCUGAACUGUGGGUGGUAUAGUUGUAAGUUGUAACCUAAAAAGCUCCUGAAGUUAAUGAUGUUUUAUACUCAGAACAUAACUAUCCAUAGAUAGAUAGAUAGAUAGAUAGAUAGAUAGAUAGAUACAUACAUACAUACAUACAUACAUACAUAACUAUCCAUAGAUAGAUAGAUAGAUAGAUAGAUAGAUAGAUACAUACAUACAUACAUACAUACACAAGGUAUCUAGUAUAACAACAUUUGCACAAUAUGGAGAAUUUUGCUUUUUGGGACUUAAGGGUCUCUGUAGUUAUUCAGACAUGGAAACAUACAGUACAUGGACAACUACACUAUAAAGAUCCAAGAAGUAGUCUGCCCUGGUGUGACUUUUUCAUACAGCUGUUGUUUGAAGAAUGUGAGACAGCAGUUUCAAGUCAUCUGUUGCAUCAUGAUCUCUUAUAGUGUUAUAAAAAAAAAAACACUGCCUGUGAUGCCCAUGCACCCCAAGUGAAAGCGAACACAUUCUGCUAUACUCAAACCUUGCUCAACUUUAAAGCUCUUGUUAGCCACUUAAUCAUCUUAUCUCAUAGUAUGUAAAAUUACACCUUAGGUUAAAAAAUGCCUGAAUUCCUUAUUUAUUGUCCCACAUCAUUAAUAAGAAACACUGACAGAACUGUACAACAUAACGUUAGCUCUCCGGCCUGCUGUGAGGAGUGAAGGAGCUCUAUGUUUAGCGCUCAUAUUUUACACACUUCAAUAAUUCAUGAACAAUAAGACCAAGGAAAUGAAUAAUGUCCCCUUCCUGCCAUCCUGACCUCCUGUCCUCCUCUGACCCUGAAUGUCUCUGUCCCAUCUCCUUCUAGGAGGACUAUGACCGCCUCAGACCAUUGUCCUACCCCAUGACUGACGUCUUCCUCAUCUGCUUCUCGGUGGUGAACCCUGCCAGUUUUCAGAAUGUGCGUGAAGAGUGGGUGCCAGAGCUGCAGGAGUACGCACCCAGUGUCCCCUACCUGCUCAUAGGCACUCAGGUGAGGAAACAUUGCCAACAUUUGUCAUAUUUGUAGCUCUGCUAUUUCCGUUUACAAAAACUCACCUUCAGAUUCUUGGAAAAAACAAAUGCCAUUUUGCUGUUUCAUGUUUACAAAGUUGUGUCUGUUUAAGAACCCUAAGAGAAGGUUUGACUCAUUCAUAAUCCAAUAAGUCUGACAGCAAACACUUCAUUGACUCAUCUGGUUCAAACUGCUUACUCACUCAGGCCCUUUCUUUGAAUAUUCUGCAGCUCAAUGCCUGUCAGCCUCAACGCUUCAAGCAUAGUGAUCCUGAUAGUGCCUGCUUACUGUAAUUAUUAUUUUACACUAGCUGUAAAUCAUAAUCCCCUUAUCAUAAUGCUCUGUCAUAUUUUACAAAACUAAAACUCUGAGAUUUUUUGUAACACACAAGCUUUAGAGCAUGUGCCUGUUUGUUUUACUACUUAACUGAACAUUUAUAUUUUAUGACUGUUCUUUUAAUGGUUUACAUUCAAUGUUGUAAUCUAUGAUCUACUGGAAGUGGCUUAUACUUCAAAAUAAAAGCAUAGUUUGACAACGGUGGAAGUGAAGCAACCUAAACACAAGAAGAAAAUAUCAAAUUAAAAGCAUGUAAACAAUUGUUUAAUGAUAAUAAUAAUAAUAAUAAUAAUGCAUCAAAUUUUAUAGCGCGUCUCAUCAGUGACCUCAAAGCAUCGUUCAUUCGCUCACACAGUCACACCCUGGUGGGGAUAAACUGCUUUAGUGGUCAAAGCUGCCCUGGGGCAGACUGACAGAAACAUGGCUGCCAAUUUGCGCCCACAGCCUCUCUGACCACCACCACACAUCACUCACAAUCAUACACCAGCGGAGGACACACACUGGGAGCAAGGUGGGUUAAGUGUCUUGCCCAAGGACACAACGAACAGACUAGCGAUAGGAGGAAAUCUAAGUGCCAACCUCCCAGUCAUUGGACGACCCCCUGAGCUACUGCCGUUUUUUAUUGUUUUCUUGAAAGAAGUUGCACAGCCAGUGAUAUGGAUAAUUCAUAAAUCUAAACAUCAUUGGAAACGGAUGAUAACUUGUAAGUUGACUGUGUUCAUUUGUAAGAUUUAUAGAGGUGUAAUAUUGAUAAGCUUAAAUGUUAUUCUGCUUCACCCUUGUCUUGCUUUUUUACAGUUUUACUGACUGUCGUUUUUGAAUUUCAGGUUUUCUGUAAAUAUCGCAAUGAUAUUACUAUCAUGACAUUUCAUUGCCGCAAUAACAGUAAAGUGCAAAUGUGAUAAGAUGGCUAUAGUUUGGACAUUUGUCUCUACUAGUAACAAUAAAAUGUAUGCCUUCAUAUGGUGCACUCAAGCAAAGACACAACUCAAAGAUACUUAUAAGUUCAUAGCUGUAGGUGAUACAUACUAAAAUACUGAUAGCCUUUUAUAAGCCUUUGUUUACAUUUACAUUUUCCACUGGUAAGAUUUACAGUAAGUAAUAUAGUUGACUAUCUAAAUACAGAUUUUUUUAAUGGAAAACACAAAAAUCUGCAAAGAAAAAAGACAUUUUCAUCCACAGGGGGCGCCAAAUUCAACACAAACUAGUUUUCUUACUGGGUAUAGUUGUAAACCAGCCAAAUUUGACAAAUGGUUUGGUGUGUACUUUUCUCUCAUGAAUAAAAACACAUUUGACUCGGGAGUUACGUCAGAAGUCUUAACAACUUAUUUUUAGCCUCAAACUGAUCCCUGCCCUAAAGUUAACAAACAAAUCAGAAGUUAAAACCAACAAUGAACUCAUUCAGAGAAGCUAAAGCUGCACUUAUGUCCUGUAAUCUUCACUAAACUCAUGUAGAUUUUAAAAUAUGACAUUAAUCCUGAGUGUUAGAUCAUUUCUUAAGCUUUAAAACCCUCUGAAAAUAUCAUUCGUCCUCUGAGUAGAGAGCACUGACUUGUGGGUGAUUUUUUUUUUUUUUGGUCUGUGUUCCCUGGCAACCAAAUGCCAGAGCAGCGAGGCCCUGCGGUGAUGAAGAGGAGGAUGAAGUGGGUGUCUGAUUUAUCUGCUGUCAGCUGAUGUUUACUGAGCUUCUCCCAGUCUCUCUCUCUCUUUAAUGCUUGCCUGGGUGCUCACAUGUACACACCACAGUACCAAAGUACCACAACACACACACACACCAAUCAGGAGAAGGUUAAUGAAGGUUGCUCCCUGUGAGGUUGUGAAGAUGGAGGUUUCAUCUAUUGUAAUUUGUUCUUAUUCAGACCAGGAUGAGCUGUGUGUGUGUACUGUGAGUGUUGUAACGAAUAAAGGGAAAGUGAGGAACUUUGAGGUCGGCUGUGAAAUGUCUUUUCACAACAGCAGGAAGUGUGACAACAGUGUGUCAAAAUGUGAAAACAGACAGUUGUGCAGUCAAUGAUGUUUAGGAAGAUGGUGUGGUGACACGUAAUUUAUGGUGCAAGAAUCAUAGACAUCAACCACCAACUGUUACAAAACAAAAUGUUGAAUUUCCCUGACGGACAACGUUCAUUAUGUACAGGAGUAAACAAUUAUGUUGCUGGUGUCACAUUAGAUAAAACACCUGUUUUAAUUAAUUGAUUUUAGUGGCCAUCUUGAGAAUAAAAGAGCGAUACAGAUGGUCAGUCAAAUAAAAAACAUCUGCGAAAAAUCUGCUUAAGCCAAAAGUCAUUCUACCCUUAGUCAAAAGGCUGUAAAUAAAAAGUUACUCAAAGAACUUUAUGAGGAGUUGAGCAAUGCCAGAAUCCACCAAACCAUUAAUCAAAUGUAAAAUGUCAAGAGGCGUGCAGUGACAGGAUAGGAGGAGGCGCAAUGUGUAGCUUAGAUCUAACCUUCAAUAAUUCAACCCAAAUGAACCAAAGAAGUCUAUUCUUUUACUCUGGAAAGUGCACAUUACCAUUCCACUGAUCAUUGACUGCUGCUACAUGAGGUGGGUGCGAUUACCACAGACUGUAUAAAACAUGGCUGUAGCCGUGGAUGUGACAUCAACCUCUGGUUUUUGGGUUGAUGUCUCUGGGGUUUAGUGGUGUUGUGAAUCUGAAUCAUAGUGGUCUCCACGCUGGAAUUGCUGACUCAAACCAAUCAGGAAGUCCUUUCAGCCAAGAAGUAGUGCAUAGGUUAGCAUUCUGGCAAACACCUACUAUACACUCGUAUGCCAGUGAAUUUAAUCGAGACCAUGACCUUAUUGUGUGAAUCCCUACUCAGGUCUUAGGCUUCAUAUCUUCAGAACAAAUGAGUAAUGAAAAUGUUUGAUUGCUGCACAGUGUGUACAGUUAAAGCAAUAACAUAUUCUAACCAUAAGCCAAGCAUCAAGCUGUUAUCAUGUAACUUUAACUUAGCCUUAAAUUAGGCAUUUUAACAUCGGUGUUAAUGGGAUUUCUUCGUCUUUUGUGGCCAGUCUCAAGUGGACACUCAAGGAACUGCAGCUAUUAGCACUUUGACGAUGGCUGUGUCCAAAAUGGAUCCCUAACCCCUAUAUAGGCGACUAUAUGGGGAUUAGCGCCAUUUUGAGGGGUGUUGGAAACCUGAGUGAUCAAUUCCAAUGCCCCAUAUAGGCGACUCAAAAUUUCCCAUAGAGCAUUGCAAAAUGUAGUGACCAUCUGAUGGUCACCACCCAAACCAGUGGUAGGCAUCCCGUCAUGCAUGGCACCUCCAGCGGCAACGUCACAACAGUAGUGUCCGAAACCUCUGGUGAUUGAGCUCACUACAUAGUCAGCUAUAUAGUGAAACCCCAUAUGGGGGAUAGGGGUUAGUGGUUGAGUGAUUCAUUUCCGACACAGCCAUUGGCUUUAUUUUUUGACACCAGAUGUUGUCAUUUGGAUAUUACCCGUCAUUUAUGUAUUCCUAUGAUAGAGUGUCCCUCAACCAAUCAAAAACAGAACCAACUAACACGAACUUAAAAGAAUAACACAGUGUCAGAGUGGGAUUACAGUAAACUUUACAUUUACAUUUUCAGGGCACAGGAGUAAGACAAAAAAAUGUCCCUGUCUUUCAGAUUGAUCUUCGUGAUGACCCAAAGACCAUCGCCAAACUGAACGACAUGAAGGAGAAGCCCAUCGCCACAGAGCAGGGGCAGAAACUAGCUAAAGAGGUUUGUACAUCUGUCCUCCAGAAACAGUGAAGUCAUGUGUAGCUCAUCGUUUUGUUUUCAUGAAAAGUUCCUGUCAGAUUCCUGUGUGUUAAUCAGAUGCAGGAAUGUCUCCGUAGGAAUGUCAUUUCUUCAGAAAAAUGUCUGGAAUCAAACCACGGCACUAUUUUUUUGCCUCCAAAUGAGUCCAGGGAUGUUUGAGGUCAACAUGGCCAUCCAGCAGUGCCCGCGCCUGCAGGACGCACAAACCACAUGUGGUCUGAAUUUAAUCGUUCCUGUCAGGCCUAAACAAAGAAUAAAGGUCAACUGUUCAAAAGGAUGACAGUCUACACUCAUCUGUGGGGUUUUAUUCAGUUAUGAAGAUAUUCAGAAGGAUGUCUUUAGCAUGGGGUCAGGAGGUUCAUGGACGCCACAAGGAUCCAUUUAAGAUAACUUCAUGAUAUUUAAAUUUUAUGUAAUCAGAGCCACUUUCUUUGAAUCAGAGCAGAAUUUUCUCUUACACAGAAAAACAUGGUGACAAUUCUCUGUGACCUGGAAGCUAAAAUACCUUUAAAAACACUUUCAAGGACUGAUAGGCUUUUUUUUAAUGCAAAGAUGCUUUAAAAUUACAGUUAAUCUGCUGUAAGUGUAGUCUACUGCAUGACAACCAAUGUAAUCUCACUGGAGAUAUUUAUUUUCUUCAACAACAGGGAGACAUAAAUUCUGUACAAUACAAUGUCCCACCUACAGAGCAUUUACACAACCUCUUCCUCUUUUUAAAGGGCACCUGUCCAGAGUUGAGUCAUACUUAAGCUGCAGUUAGUUUUCUCUAUAUCCUUUAACAUUUUUCUGACCAUCCGAUAAAAAGUCAAAACAGCUGUUAGCUACACCGAACCUACAUUCAAGUUUGAUUCAGAGCCUUAGUAAACAUUUUUCUAAAAAGUUCAUGGUCUCAAUCUAUUAAGUUAUGAUUAAACAGCUUCUUAUUUGAAUCUGAAUUUUGCAUGUCCUAAAACAGGCUUUAAAAGAACUAAGUUGUUGAAAAAUAAAGCGUGUGCACCAGAGUCUCUCAAACACGGCAUUUUUUCAUUUUUCCCCCAUCCCCACCCUGUUUUAGAUUCUGUUGUUUAAUCAGGCGGUAAAAGGCGACUUCUAAUUCAGAUUAUAUGGAAACAUUUUUCUAAAAAGUUCAAGGUAUCAAUCUAUUAAGUUAUGAUUAAUACAAUAUGAUGCCCAUUGUGUAAGUUAUGAUCACAGUUAGAGUGAAGCAGGGGGUCAUUUAGGGCUGAGCUAUCUGUUGUAGACAAGCUGCUACCAGUUCAACCGAAAAAUGCUUUAUUCAACAUGUAAUUAUACCUAAGACUCGUACCCCAGGCCAAGCUGAUAUUGCUGUAGUCACAUUGAUAACCAUGCUUACCUUAGCAAAUGCAGAUGUCAGUGUUCAAUAACCCAUCACUCCUCCUCAUCUCUGUCCUCUAACAAGGCCAGUGGUACCUUGAUAUGAUCACUUCUUGCUCCCAAAACUGCCAAACUCAAGGUUUUCAAACAGCUGACUACAAACCAGUAAAUGAUGUCAGGGAGAUCUCCUCUUCUUUAGUUUUGGUAGGUCUUGUGCAUGAAACAGACCAGGGACUUAAAGUAAGAGAGAAAGCAGUUUACACCCAAUGGUGCAGAAAUAUUCAGUAACUUUUUUCCUUUACUGAAAUUGAAGAACCUGCACAAAAAUGCCCACAAAGGACUUUUAUUUUCAUUGUUAGACCUGAAAUCUACAUGAAACUUGCAUCCAUGCAAUCCAUGUGAUUAAACCUCUAUUAUGCAUUGUCUUCUCCUUCAGAUUGGUGCAUGUUGCUACGUUGAAUGUUCAGCUUUGACCCAGAAGGGCCUGAAGACAGUGUUUGACGAGGCCAUCAUCGCCAUCCUAACUCCCAAGAAGAAAAAGGGAGCCCUGAAGAGAAGACUGGGACCUCGCUGCAUCAACUGCUGUCUGAUUACGUGAUACAUCAACAGAGGAGAUCACUCAGCAGCCGACCGUAAACCAAACAUUGACUGAAGGCAAGAGAAAAUGCACAAGAGAGGACUGAAAAGGACAAAACAAGAGCCACUUAAAUGCUGCAGCGCUCUUGAAAGACUGUAAAUCUCUCUCUCUCCUGCUGUCCAUCGGGGUCGGGGAUGCAGUUUACUACCAAAGGAGCACAACACCCAAGUCAGUUUCUUCUUCAAAAAGACUUUCUGCCUCCAAAGUACCUUCUUUUCUAAACAUUUUGAAUCAUGUUAUUUGUGCAGUUGUCGUAAGCUGUCAUACAAAAUAAGACAUUUCGGUUUAAAGAGAAAUGUGACAUUUUAAGGAGUUCUUCUUUUUAAAGACAUAGUACUAGAGCCGAUCAGGAACCUGCAGCUGAUAAAUAAUGAGAGGCUGACUUUAGUGACACUGUGACAGUGAAAAAAUAUGUUUGUGGACAUAAGGGCCCAAUUAUAUCAGAUGCCUCCAGCCCAUAAAGGUCUGUCUCUGGUUAUUUAUCAGUUGAUGAUCUGCAAACUGAACCAAACAGGUGCUUUGCAUUAUGUGGGGGAAAAAAAUGCUGUUCAGUCAGACCAAUUUGGACCUAUGACUGUAUUAUUUUAAAGUUUAAACGUCUUGUUUCUGCCUUACAAAAUCCUGUUCUGUUACAGUGUGGCAUGCCAAAACAGAAUGCUGAAGUCUCAACAGGAAGAGAAGAGGUCUAUAAUCAAUCUUUAAAAAAAUAUAUUAUACAGAGUUUAUGAUUCUAUAUCUCCAAGAUAGAGUUGUUUUAUUUAGCGCAAACAUUAUUUUGUCAACUUAUAGCUUUUUUUCUUUUGAUUAUGUUAUCCUGCAAUGAUGUGUUAUACUUUGAUCAUCUACGAGGGUCUAAUUAGGGGAGAAGAAGAAGAAUUACAGACUCCGAUAUAUAUCUAUCAUCCAAAGAAUCAAACGCUUUUCUUCAAAUGCAGUUGGAUUAAGCUGUGCUCAGACAAAAGUAAAGCUAAUGUCUGCCAUAUAAUAAUACAGUUGUUUUGACCAUGCAACCCUCCAGGUUUAUUCAUGAUAAUUCAACACUACCAGAAAAGAUUCUUGCUUCCAGAUGUGCCAGAAAACCAAACUCAUCACGUCUGGAUUCAUAACAUCACUUAGAGGUGAACACAGCUUGCUCAAUUCCUGUAUCUAGAUUGGCAAAACAAAUCUUCCUUGAAAUAUAUGUAUUCAUAAGAGCUGGGCCAGAUCUUGUUCACGCCACUGUGUCGGCUCCAUCGUAGCAUUGUGCAACCAUUGCUUCUCUUUUUCCUGAGCACAUCUUAAAGCGACCUAGUAUUGUAAAUCCAAUGCACAACACAAAGCACAGUCAGAAAGGCAUCAUUUCCAGGCGCAGCAAAGCACAUUCCCCUGCUUGUAACUCCAUCUACUUACAGGAACUAAAGGCUGAGUGAAGCACAGAAAACAAACUAUACCAUCAGGCACAAACAGGAGUGAAGCACACCAUCUGACCACGCACAACCCAACAGAUCUCAAUGAAGUAUCUAAAGAGACAUAAUCUGUAGAUCUAAAAACAUGAAAACAAGAUUUAUUUUUUUUCUGUAAUGGCAGCCAGAAUGACUUUCAAACUAUUCAUAUACUGUGGAAAUACAUUAGGUGCCAGUAUCAUGGAAGCCAUGUUACCAAGGGCAACCAAGUGCAUGUGGAGAGGUCAGGGUUGAUGGAUUUAUUGAUCAAGCACACUUUCAUCCAGUAGGGCAGCAUUUGUAUCCUUUGUGAAACUGAAAUUUUGACUCACUUUAACCUUGACUGUGAUUUUAUCCUGCAUCAAACCUGCCUGUGUCCAUCUCUGACAUGUUCACACCCAUAUUUACAAAAUCUUUUAGUGCAGGACUGGAUUUCGGUUUCUGGAGUGAUGAAAUGGGUGAUUGCAAUCCGAGAGCAUAAUUGAUAAUAUGGUGGGCACUUGUUGUAUGUAAAUUAAUAACCAAUAGGGAGAGCAGAAAAGGUGAGAGAGAGUAAAAAAUGCACAAAAAUACAAAUCAUUUGUCUGGGGCCUACCCUCUCACUGCAGUUACAGGCACUAAACAUUACAACAUAGAAAAUGUCAGCCAAGAAUUUUUGUGGUUAAUCUGAGUCUGUUUCAUAACUUCAAAAAAUAUCCUCACAGGAGCUUUAACUUUCUUUCACUCUUCAUGGAUAAAAAUAUACAACUAAAUGCAACUGACUGAUUCCAAAACACCAACUUCAUCUGUCCCUCUCAUGUUGCCAGUUCAGUGUGCAGAGGAGGGAGUCUUGGCUUUAAUUUCCCCCUUUCUCCUAGAGGACAUCAGAUGACAGCUAGUUACUGACACACGGAGGAACCUACUGUUACAUUCAGACAACCAAUCAGGAGAAGAUUAUAGUUUAGGUGAAAAGAAUUAGUUAAAUUUCACAAACAGUUUCACACGGUACUGUUCCAAAUGGCCAUUGAUGCCUCAAAGCUAAGAUUGAGAAUAACAAAACUGAAGCUGGAGUCUAAAAACUUCUUACCUUCACUUUAAAACUGAACAGAUAUCACUGAGAACAUAUAAAAGAGUCAAGAUGAAACCUUGGUGAUGGACUGAAGUUGAUGCAAUCCUGUCUGUGAGAGUCAACCACAAGUUUGAAUCCAAAUUCAGACAAGAAACUGAAGUAUUCAAAGUCACAGCAGCCCAGAUACCAGAUGUAAAAAGAUAUAAGGUAUACCGUUAAGAGUUCAUCCUUUUGGUUUUGCGACACUAUAAAAAAGAUUAUAUGAUGAGUUUCAUUGAUUUGUAAUAUCACAAAAAGAAACAGUAGACUCUAUGUGAAGUUUCCCAGGGCUUAGAGAAGACUUGUAACAGAAAGUCCCUGAAAUGUUUGUUUGCAACAUUAUUGCCUGUAGAACUGUAGAUUAAAGUUGUUCUGAAUUUUCCCUGUAAAGUCAAACAUCUGAAACAUCAGCUCUUCUUGUUUUUAUGCACUUGUUCUUCUUUUAUUAUUAUUAUUAUUAUUUUAAUUAUUGUUAAUCAACAGUGCCAACUCUUGAAUGACCUGUGUAGAGUUUCUGUUGGAGUCCACUUGAUUAAAGCUUUAAUGUUCUCGGUGCUCCUCCUCUUCUGUCCCGGCCUGCCGUGUGAUGGAUCGCAGGCUCAACAGUUCUGCUUGCUAUUGUUGUGUGAAGGUCCCGCUCAGGAUCCAGGACCUCUAAGUGCCGACGCCUCCGAUGCAUUCUCCCAUGAUGCUCCUCUCCUCUCAAUAAAUGUGUUUACUGUGUUAAUAAAUCUGUCUCUGGG